AAAAACGAACCGAAACGUAUGUGUGGCCGCACGGGCAUUUAACGUACGGAACUCGCGGUUUGCCCUUGAUUGGACCUUGUUUUCCGUACAACUCUCCGCGGCUUCAACGCUCGACACGACACUCAGUUUUCAAAAGCCGACGUGUGAACACGCGCCUCAACCUUUCCCGGGAACUAUCAGGCCAUAACGUUCGUCGUUCGUUCGUGAAUAAAAGUCUAACCAACUUAACCAAGGCAACAUGUCGAAGAUUGGAAUUAACGGAUUUGGCCGUAUCGGUCGUCUGGUGCUGCGCGCCUCCAUUGCCAAGGGCGCCCAGGUGGUGGCGAUCAACGAUCCGUUCAUCGGUGUCGACUACAUGGUGUACCUGUUCAAGUACGACUCGACGCACGGUCGCUUCAAGGGCGAAGUGUCCGCCCAGGACGGUAUGCUGGUCGUGAACGGUCAGAAGAUUGCCGUCUUCCAGGAGCGUGACCCGAAGGCGAUCCCGUGGGGUAAGGCCGGUGCCGAGUACGUCGUCGAGUCGACCGGUGUGUUCACCACGACCGACAAGGCUUCGGCCCAUCUGGAGGGUGGCGCGAAGAAGGUCAUCAUCUCGGCCCCGUCCGCCGACGCACCGAUGUUCGUCGUGGGCGUCAACCUGGACGCGUACGAGCCGUCGAUGAAGGUCGUGUCGAACGCUUCCUGCACCACCAACUGUCUGGCCCCGCUCGCCAAGGUCAUCAACGAUAACUUCGGCAUCCUGGAGGGUCUGAUGACGACGGUGCAUGCCACCACUGCCACCCAGAAGACUGUGGACGGACCGUCCGGCAAGCUGUGGCGCGAUGGUCGCGGUGCCGCCCAGAACAUCAUUCCGGCCGCUACCGGCGCCGCUAAGGCCGUCGGCAAGGUCAUCCCGGCGCUGAACGGCAAGCUGACCGGUAUGGCGUUCCGUGUCCCGACCCCGAACGUUUCGGUCGUCGAUCUGACGGUGCGCCUGUCCAAGCCGGCCACCUACGACCAGAUCAAGGCUAAGGUGAAGGAGGCCGCCAACGGACCGAUGAAGGGCAUCCUGGACUACACGGAGGAGGAGGUCGUAUCGACCGACUUCGUCGGUGACUGCCACUCGUCGAUCUUCGACGCCAAGGCCGGAAUCCAGCUGAGCGACACGUUCGUCAAGCUGAUCUCCUGGUAUGACAACGAGUACGGCUACUCGAACCGUGUCGUCGAUCUGAUCAAGUACAUGCAGACCAAGGAUUAAAUGCCCUCGGUGCUGCUGUAGGUGGUGAGCUUGGGCGUGGGGCGAGAGGAAACAACUGCUGCGUGCUGUAAUACAUAGCGCUGAGUGGAUGAGGGAGGAGGAACAGCAGGAGGCAGAGGAGGAAGCGCAUGCAUGACUCGGAAGGAUGACGAUCGCGGACGAUCGAAUUACGACAGCUUUUCACACCCUCAAGUAAUCCUUGCUGCCAUAUCGUUCUUAGAUAGCGCAAAGGAUCAACUCGUGCGGGGUUGCUGGAAUGCUGCUGCUUGUUCGUGUCAUCGCGCAUCGCGAGAUUCCUGCCGAGCAUUAUUAGUCAAACAUCAUCGUACAUCGCGCUCUACACCUCGUCCUCUUUUGCCACUAUUUGCAUACAUUCACUGGACCAGUCGCGUUCGUUCCAUCGUUCUACUUCCACCGGUUGGAAGCGGAACGGGGUACGACGGAACGGCUUGCCGGUGCAGAAUGGAGCCAAUGGAGCGGCAAACACCUCAAAACCACACACCUAGAUCUAUCUCCGCUAAGCGUAAAUUAUUAUAGUCCGUAGGUCCGAACCGUCGUCAUAAUGAAAACGAGUGAAGAUCGUCUCGUCGUUAUACAUAUUUGUUGCAUGUAAUAAUCGACAAAAUUAACUACACACAGCCCCCCACACAUACACAAAUACAUGAGACACAAGAAACACAUUACAGACAGACACACACACACACAUGCGCAGAAAUCCCAAUGUUCUGUUUAGUUGGUAAGGAUUAAUGAUAUAAAAGAAAAAAACAAUAAAUUUAACUGCUAAAGCGUUACUAGAACAACCACA